AACUCUCAACGAGAGUAGGUUUCCAUUUCUGAUCCUCUUUCUAAAGUCUACUCGACCGGCGACUUGGUUGAAUCUUCGAAGUUGCAUGGUCGAUUGUUUAGAUGGAAGACAAUAGACAGAGGAUCUGUCUUCAGUUUGGUUUGCUUUUGUUACUUGCUUUAGUAUCUGCUCAAAUCUUCGCAUCUUCUGAUCCGAUCUUCUACGAGUCGUUUGAAGAGUCAUUUGAGGGGCGGUGGAUCGUGUCUGAGAAGGAUGACUACAAAGGUGUAUGGAAACAUGCAAAGAGUGAAGGCCAUGAAGAUUCAGGCUUACUCGUUAGUGAGCCAGCCAAGAAAUACGCAAUUGUGAAGGAACUCACCGACCCUGUUAACCUCAAGGAGGGUUCUACAGUCCUUCAAUUCGAAGUUCGUCUCCAAAAUGGUCUUGAAUGUGGAGGAGCAUAUAUAAAGUAUCUCCGCCCUCAAGCUGCUGGAUGGACUGCAAAGGAGUUCAACAACGAGUCCCCAUACUCAAUCAUGUUUGGACCUGACAAAUGUGGUGCCACAAACAAAGUCCACUUUAUUCUCAACCACAAGAACCCUAAAACCGGAGAAUACAUUGAGCAUCAUCUCAAGUUUCCACCGUCUGUACCAUCCGAUAAACUCACUCAUGUUUACACUGCAGUUAUUGGGGAUGAUAAUGAGUUGCGAAUUCUAAUAGACGGUGAGGAGAAAAAGAAGGCUGAUUUCCUCUCGAGUGAGGAUUUCGAACCGGCCAUUAUUCCUUCGAAGACAAUUCCUGAUCCAGAUGACAGUAAACCCGAGGACUGGGAUGAACGGGCAAAGAUACCCGACCCGGUCGCUGAAAAGCCCGAUGAUUGGGAUGAAGAUGCUCCUAUCGAGAUUGAAGAUGAGGAAGCUGAGAAACCUGAAGGAUGGUUAGACGAUGAGCCUGAAGAUGUUGAUGAUCCUGAAUCGACAAAGCCUGACGAUUGGGAUGAUGAGGAAGAUGGUGAAUGGGAGGCACCGAAGAUCGACAACCCUAAGUGUGAGGCUGCUCCUGGUUGUGGCGAGUGGAAGAGACCUAUGAAGAGAAAUCCUGCUUAUAAAGGAAAAUGGCACGCUGCUUUGAUUGAUAAUCCUGAUUACAAGGGUAUUUGGAAGCCAAGAGAAAUUCCUAAUCCGAAGUACUUUGAGCUUGAGAAACCUGAUUUUGAACCAAUUGCUGCUGUUGGUAUUGAGAUUUGGACGAUGCAGGAUGGGAUUUUGUUUGAUAACUUCUUGAUUGCUGAUAACGAUGAAAUUGCGGCAUCCUAUAGGGUUGAUUCAUGGAAACCUAAGUUCGAUUCGGAGAGCGAGAAACUGAAAGCUGAGGAAGCUGCUGUUGGAUCUGAUACUCUAUCUCUGAAGGGAGUCCAGAAACAACUGUUUGAGGUUCUGUACAAGGUUGCUGAUAUUCCUUUCUUGAGUGAACACAGAGAUAAAGUUUUGGAACUUAUUGAGAAAGCAGAGAAACAACCCAACCUGACAAUUGGAGUCAUAGUCUCAAUUGUUGUGGUUGUUUUCUCAAUUUUAUUGAAGCUGCUUUUUGGUGGGAAGAAAAAGAAUAAGGUGAAUGUGAGUGCUGAAAGCAGCAACACAACUGCUGCUGAAGGAGAGCAGGCGACCACAAAGGAGGGAGAUGAGGAUGAAGAUGAGACUGCAGCUGCAGCUGCACCUCGUAAGAGGAACACCAGAAGGGAGAGUUAGAAGAAUGAAUCAAGAUAUUGUUCACUCGCAUCAAACACGCGAUUUGUACUUCUCGGGUACCUUUAAAUAUGUAGGAUUUUCUUUCAUAUUUCUGUACCAAGAACUGGCAUUGUGGAUUAGCUCAAGUUUUCUCUUCAAAAGAAUAUGUACUCAUUUUUGUUACACAUGCAACAAAUUAACCUAUUAAUGCUUCAAUUUUUAUUGUUUGAGCUA